CGGUGUCCAAAACGUUUUGUGUGGCUGGAGCCGCCAGUACUGGCCGAGCGGGCGGAGGGGAGACAUGUCGCGCCCGUGUGUCUGAAUAUUCGGUGACUCUUCUGUAAGUCGCAAGAGAAAAGCUUCACCGGAGACAGUGAGACGAUCCCAGUACUGUGAGCAGGAAAGUGGAACCCGUUGAGAGCCGGAACUGCACCACAGGUUGGCGAAGGUGUAGAUCAAAGCAAUGUCUAUACACAAGAAGCUGUCAUACAACAUGCGUGCAGAGGCCAGUGAUUUCAGCCUCCCCAUCUGCAGCUUCAGCGACCAAUCAGAGGCCCUGGAGAUGAACAUUGACCAACUAGUCUAUCAUAGCUACCUGGAGAACGUGUUCUCCGAACUAGGGAUUCAGUUCAGUCCCGGAGGCACCAGUAUCGUGGAGGUGGACGAUGACUUGGAUAUCGUCGACGAUAACCAGAGGGCUAUCGUUGGAGAGGACCCCAGUGGGACGUCCUCAGCUGGGGACUCACUGCUCACUUACCACCACAAGGACCAACACGGAGCUUACAAAGGUGCGGCGCCGGGCCUCCCAAGCCUCAUAGACUCCAAACAAGAAACACAAGUCGACACGCUAGACAAACAAUUCCGCAAGAAAAAGGUGAAGAUAUAUGAGGCUGGCCCCUUCGAAGAUGAAGAGAGGGAGAAGAGAAGAAUAAACGCCAUCAAUGCCAAAAAGAACAGGGAUAAAACGAAAAGGUCCAUAGAGAACCUGCAGAAGGAUGUGAGGUCGUUGAAGCACGUCAACAACCAGUGCCGCAAAGCUCUGCUGAGGACCAGCGCAGAUAUGCAACUUCUGCAACAGAAGAUGCAACAGUUAAGGGAGAGGCUGGAGACGGAGACUAGACGGCUGAGAGACAAGGAGAAGGAGGUGAGAGAGAAGAGAGAGAGACUGGCGCUGCUCAAGGGUCAUCUGGAGAUCAUUGCUAGCGGCCUGGACGACGACAACCCGGCCAAGCGACUCAUCAACCACCUGGUUGACCGUCUGCCAGUUGAUGGGUAGCCAGCCAGGGAGGGGUCAAGAUUCAUCAACCACUUAUGCAAGAACUUACGAACCUUGCCGUUCUUAUCGCCUUCUCGGCGGUCACGUCGUGGUUCAGUGAACAGUUUACAAACGCAGAUCACCAGUUAAGAGGCACCAGGCCGCGCGCCUCCCCACACACACAAUACUCUACAUAAUUUAGGCUUCCUGGGAACUAAAUACCUCCACCGGCGGGUCCCGUGAUCCCAGCAAUAUAUACUUUGUGUAUGUGUAAAUCUUAUUAAAUAUUUACCUGAAUUCACCUCUCUAGUGGACUCGACGAGGACCGGAAGCCAGCGGCUUGUCAAAAGUCCCCUCCCCCUUUUUUGUCCAGUAUUUUUAUGAAGAUAAUUAAUGAAAAUAUAUUUUAUGAAAGGGAUAAAUCAAAAUUAGUAUAGCAAGUUAUGUAAAUACUUAAUAUUAAAUCAAUAAUAACUGCUAUUCAUGUAAAAUAAAAGAAGCCAUGAGAUAAUGAGGUGUUCCACACCAAAUUUGUACCAUUAAUAUAGUUUACCCUAAUUCAAGUUGUUAAUUAUUUUAGAAAACGUAAGACUACAUAUUAAAUAAGUGAUGGCAAAUUAAAUAUUUGGAGACUUAAGCCAAUAAAAUUCUUUUUAGGUUAAAAAGUCUAACCAAACAUCCUUAAAUAUUUCCUGCAUUCAAAUAUUGUGUUUGAAUAAUGAUUUUAAUAAGUGAUAUCCCCUAUGCUGUUAGUCUCAUCUAAGAACUAAUGGUCACAUAGUAAGACAAGCCUUAACUAGGUGGUUGAGAUUGUUAACUAUACCCCCUGGCUGGGUACUUUACAUUAUUUAGUAAUUGUGAUAUUUAAUAUAUGGAAGCCUCAUCUUUCUAAUUUUAUGUAUCUCAAUAAUUUUCUAUAUUCGGCAAUACAUCACUUUCAAGUAUUGCUAUUCAAAAAUAAAGCUUCAGAAUAAGCUAUAUAUCAUUGGGAAAGGUAUAUUACUAUAAAUUGUUUCUUGACUUGUAAUUAGUGUAUCUACUUAUGUCGUUACAAUUGUAAAAAUUGUUGGUGUUUGCAAUAUUUUUUUUCAUUAUUUAAUAUAAUGUCAUAUAAACAUUGACAUUAUACUGAAUAAUGCAUAAUUAUAUUUGACAAUAUUA